CUUUGGACAGAAAUCUUUGGGCUCACUCUCAUUAUAACUUGUGGCUUUUAAAUGUUGCCUUGUUCAAAUUGGAAUAUCUACUCUGAAACUUGAGAGUGAAGAAAAUCUGCUUCUUCUGUCACAAAAGUGGUUCUGUGGGAUGUAAAGCAAUGUGGAUGGAUUAAAGACUUUAAAUAACUCCUUGUACUCUCCUGGGCUGAAAGCAAUAAUAAAUCUUUCAAAGCCAAUUGAAGCUGUCCAAGAAUAUCCUAUCUAUCUUAAAGAUAAUAGUACCAUAAUAGAAGGACGGCAUUGGUUUGGACAUCUGAUUCAACCUGAAGUGUCAUGAUGAGAUUUAAUGGGACGAUAGCUUGAUGUCUGUCUGCAGGUCUGAGUUUUAAUAGUGACUUGUGAAACAGCCUAAUCCACAUCAGGCUGGUUUUACAUCCAGUGUGAGAUGAUCUGCAGUUUUGGUUAAAUUCCAACAAAGAAGACAAUUUUGCUUUAGAAUCUUCCCAACUCAGACAGUGAAGAUGUCUUGGAGGAAGAAUUAUUUUACACCGAACAGUAAUCUUCAGGGUAUGUUCCAGCCACGUAGUACUACUUCUAUUGCGGCAAGUAAAGGACUGAUGAAUGAGCCUGGUCAGAACAGCUGCUUUCUUAAUAGUGCAUUGCAGGUCCUUUGGCAUCUAGAUAUUUUUCGGAGGAGUUUCAGGCAGCUGACCACUCACAAAUGUAUGGGUGAAUCCUGUAUCUUCUGUGCUUUGAAGGAAAUCUUCAGUCAGUUCCAAUACAGCAAAGAAAAGGUACUUCCAUCUGAUGCCUUGCGUAGUGCUCUUGCCAAAACUUUCCAAGAUGAACAGCGCUUUCAGUUGGGGAUCAUGGAUGAUGCAGCAGAAUGUUUUGAAAAUAUCCUCAUGCGAAUUCAUUUUCAUAUUGCUGAUGAAACAAAAGAGGACAUUUGCACGGCAAAACACUGCAUUCCUCAUCAGAAGUUUGCAAUGACUUUGUUUGAUCAGUGCGUUUGUACCAGCUGUGGUGCAACAUCUGACCCAUUACCUUUCAUCCAGAUGGUGAAUUACAUCUCUACAACAGCACUGUGUAAUCAAGCAAUCCGCAUGAUGGAAAGACGUGAGAAACCAACGCCUGACAUGUUUGGGGAGCUUCUGCAGAACGCAAGCACAAUGGGUGAUCUUAGGAACUGCCCAGGCAACUGCGGUGAGAAGAUAAGAAUCCGCAGAGUAUUAAUGAACUCCCCCGAGAUUAUCACUAUCGGUUUAGUAUGGGACUCCGAUCAUUCUGAUCUUGCUGAAGAUGUCAUCCAUAGCCUAGGAACAUGCCUCAAACUGGGAGAUUUGUUUUAUCGGGUGACGGAUGACAAGGCCAAGCACGCUGAGCUCUAUUUGGUGGGGAUGGUGUGUUACUAUGGUAAACACUAUUCCACUUUCUUUUUCCAAACAAAAAUCCGCAAAUGGAUGUACUUUGAUGAUGCUCAUGUAAAAGAGAUUGGACCAAAAUGGAAAGAUGUGGUAACUAGAUGCAUCAAGAGCCACUAUCAACCUUUGCUACUACUUUAUGCUGAUCCCAGAGGUACACCUGUGUGUGUGCAGGACUUGCCUUCAGUGGACAUCCAUCAAUACAACAGAACUUACUAUGACAGUGAAGAUUCAGGAAGAGAGCCAUCUAUAUCCAGUGAUAGCAGAACAGAUUCUUCUAAUGAAAGCUAUCAUUAUAAACACAGUCAUCAUGAGUCUGUGGCCAGCCAUUUCUCCUCUGACUCCCAAGGCACAGUGAUUUACAACAUGGGGAAUGAUACAGCCUCUCAAAGUAGCAGAGACACAGACAGUGAAUCUAACCAACAUCCUCCUUUCAAAAAAGGGAUUUAUGUGGACCGGAGGAGGAGUUCCAGCCGACCUCGACGUACUGAUAAUCAUGGAAAACCUGAAAAAUUGGAUGAAGUUCCAUUCUCUGGUUAUCACAGUGAGGGUGAGACACUAAAGGAAAAACAAGCCCCAAGAACUGGACCAAAAGUUGCUACGAGUAGACUAAAAGACUUCAGAGAAACUAUGAGUAACAUAAUUCAUAACCGGCCUCUGCAUAGCCAAGACCAAAACAGCAAUCGACCUGUUCAAACAAAGGCAAUGGACUAUGUUGAUGGUGGUAAUACUAGAGUGUCCAAUGAACAGUCACAUGAUUGGGAAAUGGAAAAUACCAGCAGUCAGUCCAAGACUAAUACGUCCAGUAGAUGCAAAACCUAUUUGUGGAAACCCAAAAGAGAAGUCCUCAACAUUGACAGUAUUUUCAGCAAGGAAAAGAAGAGAAAUACAAGUUAUGCACAGAUAAAUUCAAUGUCAGAGGAUGGUAUUAAAGAUUCCAACUGUAAUCACCCUGAAAGUUCAGUCGGACAUAGCAUUUCUCCUUUGGCAUUAGACAAUACAAAGUAUGAAGGAAAUGCUGUGCAACUCAAUCAUGAUAAACUUGAUAAACCUGGGUACAUGAGCAAAACUAUUCAACAGACUGGGAUCCCUAGUCUUGGAGACAAUGAGCGUCUUAUACAGAGAAUGGAGUCGGGUUAUGAGAGCAGUGAGCGUAACAGUAACAGUCCAGUGAGCUUGGACACCUCAAUAACUGAUGGGCUUCCAGGUGGAGUUCACAACUCUAGUGCCAAUCCUUUCAGGGAAACUAAUGCCAAAAAAAAUGUCAGUUCUGGUCCUUCAUGGAAAAGUGUACCCAAGUCCAAGAGCAGCAGUGCCUUACAACAUGAAUCUUCAACAGCCUCCAAGACCUGGAUGAAUAUGCAGCAGAGUUUCAAUGACCACUUCAGUUGUCCUAUACGAAGUGAAUUGGAUGAGCUGGAAGAAGAGAUUAAAAGGAGAACAAAAGAAGAGGAAAUGAGGAGAAAGAAACUGCGAGAGAAGGAAGCAUCUAUGGCAUUUAACCCCCGACCCAGCAAAUUUAUGGACCUAGAUGAACUUCAAAAUCAAGGGAAGACUGACAACUUUGAGAGAUCAUUGCAGGAGGUAGACUCUCUUUUAGAACAGUCUUUCCGCCUUGAACAAAAGGAUGAUUUAGCUACAGCGCUCUCCCUCUGCAAUGAAGCUGUGUCUAAACUAAGACUUGCUAUGCAUGAAGGCAGUGCGAGCUCACAUGGCAGAACCCUUGCUGAUAAGAAGCUGCAUACUUGCAUGAAGAAGGCUCGAAGUCUGCAGGAGCGUAUGCAGCACUCCCUUUCACAGGGAAACCCAAUGACUGAAUGCAAAAGUAUGCAGACUAGCCAGAUCGAAGUACUGUUAACAUCAGAGAAAAUAAUGAAACCCACAAGUAAACCUGACUUCAAGCCCAACUCUUCCCCAGUCUUAUCAGCCUCCAACCAUGAGCUACAUGCAACCAAGUCACAAGAACCUCACUGGGAGUUGCAUGGUCAGGUUUCUACUUCAUUAGCUUCAGAAUUGAAAUUUAACCAACCCAGUCGAUACACCUCUGAGGUUCCAACUCCCAGCAAUUGCAAUCAAGUUCCAGUUUUUCGCACUGGGGAGAAGGUGGAGGAAAAAGGUGUGAUGAGCACAAGUCACUGUCGUAUUUCACAACCUGACCGAAUUUUGAAGCACACAGCCAAAAGCCCGAUGAAGAGCAAUGAUGUUGAACCAGUGGAAAAUCAAGCAAGGUUGGAUCUUUCAGCACUGAGCAAUAAGCAGGCAUCUGGUCAACAUGGUUCCUUGCCAUUACUUGACAUUGGUUACAGAGAUGAGAAUUGUACUUUUCCAUCACAAUCUCCCCAUAUAAAGGUGUUAAUACAGAAGGAUGAAGUAGACAGUUAUCUGCCAAAAACUCCACAGCAUUCUUCAAUACAUACCAAUUCAAGGCAGUUUAAUACAUCUGACAUAGAAAUCUCUCCAUGCAAAACAUCGUCUUCCAAAGCCUUGAACUGGUCUCCUAAUUAUCAGUCACACGAAGAUAAUGAGACCUUGGAUAAGCCUGAUUUCAAAACAGCAGAGUUUCACAACACCUGCUCACCUUUGGUCAAGACAACAAUCGAUAAGGUUAAUGUAAAAGGCUUAACUGCACAGUUUCAAAGAGUAAAUGCCAAGCUGGGACAGGCAAGCCAUGAAGGCAAUUAUCAAAGCAUGUAUUCAAAAUCUAGCACAUGUCCACCAGAAGAACUUAACCAAGAGCUGUCUCGGCUCCCUUUGAAUACAAAAAUGGAGACUGCCCACAGCAGGAAUCAGUUAGGCAGCACAAGGUGGUCUUCUGAGACCUUGCUUUCUUCCCAAGGUUCAGGCAUUCCUAUGAAUCGUAAAACUGACUCACCUGUUUCUCCUUCUGCUCCUACUUACAGAACAAAAACUAGUGCUAGAGAUGUAAACAGUACUUUCAGAGUAUUAGAUUUUCCAAGUGAUCCUCAAACAGGUGCACAACAAUACCAGAAUGUUUACUCAUCUUUCAGAAAUAACAAUUUCAACAACUUUUCAGAAGGGGUGAGACAGCAAGAUGAGCAAUUUACUACAUCUGCUUCUUCUCUGCCUAUGGAUCGAUGGGUCAGCAAUGUGAGAAAGCAUCACAUGCUUCAACCAAAUUUCAACAAUGAACAGCAACACCUUCAGGGUAAUCUGCCUAGUCAAGAGAGUUGCAUGCAUGGUCAUGAAAGCAAACUAAUGCAGCCAUUUAUUAGUAAAGGUCAGGAUACUGAACUCGAAUUUUCAGAGCUGGAAUCCCUGUAUCAGGCAAGUCUGCAAGCUUCGGGGAAUUUCCGGACGUCACCAGGAAGAUUUGUGACUGAGGCUGCUACCAGACAUAAUGGUGCUAAACCAGUUGCAACAAAUCUCUACUCUUCACCAGAAAGGGGUAGAUCAAAGACUCCCACUGCAGAGAUUGAGCGCAGAGCUUACGGGACAGCUUCUUCCAGGGUAUCUGCACGAGACAGGACAAAGAUUGAUUUCAGUGCAAGUGCUCCAACAGAAAACUUGGAAAAUGACAAUUACACUGCAGAAAAUUUCCGACGUAUUGCUCGCAGCCUGAGUGGAACUGUCAUUGCUAACCGAGAGAACACUGUGGUUAAUUCUCAUAGUUUUGAAACAACAAAACUGAGGAAGUCACAUUUGGAACCUCGAAAAAGAUCUGCCAGCUCCUCUUCCCUCAUCUCCCAAGAUCCCUCCCACAAUCCUCCUGUGUUAAACUCCUACCCUCAGCAUCACCCCUACCUAUCACAGCACCUUUCGUCUGAUCCACUGCAGCCUAGCAAGGCUGGUGAGGCAAACAGAGCAUCAGAUAAGAACAUCGAAAAAUUUCUGGCUGUGUUUGACUGGAGUGAAGCUACCAGCCGUGACAACUACCAGAAUGUUGCAGUGAAUUAUGGAACGCUGCCACGCAGUCAGAAACGUGUGGUUCCAGGGCAGAGACCCUUCGGUAAGGAGCUGCUGCACCUUGAGACUAAAAACUUUAUCAAACAAAGACUGAAUCAAACAAACCGAGCGAUUCUGCCAAACAAGAGCAAAAUAGAGCACCUUCGCAGAAAUCCAUCCAGCACUGCAACAUUGAACAGGCCUCUCCAAAGUAGAACAGAAUUUUCUGAUUUUUAUGGUUCUGCAGACCACUUUCCUGUGCAUUACAGACCUGGGUUCGACACUAAGCAGAACACUUUCCCAAAAAGCAGUGCAGCGAAUACGUUGAUCUAUCAGAAACCUCCUUACAUCGUGGCUUCACGAUCUAACAGUCUUGGUCCCCGGCGUCUUGAUGUUCCUCCUGAUGAGGAUUGGAGGAAAGCGACUUUUACCCCAUAUCAGCAUUUGGUCAGCAAUGCUGCUCCAAGGACUAAUGCUCCUGACAUUUACACCAGGGAGUCAUCAGCAAUCAGACGAGUAACUGAACAGACUGGUUUUCAGCCGGGCAGGAGACGCCAAUGCUCUCUUUGCCAGCAAGUGCUAAUAGAUACUGCACAGGUUUACUGCCAGAAUUGCACUGCAUAUAUGGCACAAUUUAAACCAAGACAUUAAUACUAUUUGAGAUUAGCCAAAACUGAUAGACUUUAUUGAAAGAGACUCCUUCAAAGCAAGCUAACUCUGUUACUCCCAACUAAGUGAAGGGAUGCCAUUAUAACUGAGUUCUAUGCCAGAAAUAUUUACUUUGGUUUCUGUUGUGACCUGAAAUAUGCUUGUAUGCAGUUGAGGGUUGGUACGAAAUUGGUAAAAACAAAGUUGAAAGACUAAAUGUUUUUUAAUUAAAGUCUAAAGUUAAUAUUUUUCAGUUACUGUUUAGGAGUUAAGUUUAGAAUUCUGGAUGUAAUAAUUCGCUGCUUCCUCCAUCCCUGUAACUAUACAAAAUUAAGUUCUGUAUUACAGUACUCACGUCUAUACAUAUUUGGACCUUUACACUGUUAUGAAAUAUAGAACAUUACUUGAAAUUACAGUGUAAUGAUCUAAGUAACUUGUGGUUUGCAUAUUGUCAUGUUGUAACAGAGGCUUUCUUGAUGUAACUGUAGUGAGGGCAAUUUAAGAAUCAGCAAUUUAAUCCUUUCUAAUCCAAUCAAGUUGAAAUAUUCUAAUUGUCAACAAACUGCUCAAAUAUAAAGAUGCAUUUUUAAAUUGAAAGGUAGAUUGCUUUUUAAAUGCUACUUUGGGCUCAGUGUUAGGAGCAUCUUCAGAGUUAAUAUGAUAAAUCUGUAUCUCUUUGAAAUCCAUUAAGUUAAUAAAGUUGAAUGACUGGCAAAUGACAACCAGCCUGAUCUACUGAAAGUCUUCAUUCUGUUAAAAUAUAGGCUAGAAGGAGUUGAAAGAUUGAUAACCAGAAAUAAUUCAGCUUAUAUAGAUUUAGUGUAACAGUUUUUUGGAUCCAAAAUGUAUUUUGCAGACCAAGACAGUGCUGUACACUUUUUCAAUCAAAAUGAAGGAGAUAAACUCAUACUUAAUGUCCACUGAUAUGCAAGACACCUUUGUGAUACUUUCUUCACAUCCCCUCCCCCACCAUUGUAUAUAUGAUUAAAAAUUCUAGGUCUGCACUGAAGGGAAGGAUGUGAAUUAUUUCACAGAUAUCUACUUGCAGAGAUGGGAAGCUGCUGUAAAAUAUAUAUGAAGAUUGUUAAAAUAGGUAAUGAGAAUUCACGUGUGGACCAUUCACCCACCCUGGAGUAUGAAAAUGAUGGCAUGAUAAAAUGGGAAACCUGGUCUCAAUCCAUGAAGGUAAGGUAGGAAGAAAGUCUCAUGGGAUUAACACAAGUCAAAUUCAGUUCAUGUCAUCAAAAGGGAGUAAAUCUUGAGACACUUGUGCAUAUCUGUACCUCCAUGGCUCUUUGACUGCAUUUAAUUUCCUCCUACCAUCUGUUAUUUUUAUAAUGUAUACAGUUAUAAUUUUUAUUUGUUGAAGUUUGUAAAGUUCCCAGUAUUCAAAACCAAUUCAUUAUCCUUGUAUAGUCAUGCCAUUAAAUGCAUAUUACAAGACCUUGUAAGCAAAGUAUUGAUCAUGUGAUUGCUGAAACAGUAUUACAAGGUUCUUUAUGCAGUGAGUACUGGGUUAUUCACACCCUUAUGUAUAUUAUAUAAAAUUACCAGAGUAACCGCUAAUAAAAAUAUAGGUUUACAGAUAUGGUGUUGAGAGAUUUUAUUGUAGAAAAUGGUUUACAGACUUUUACUGUAAUUUCUUACUGUCUGCAUAGUAAAGCUUCAUAUUCUUGCUAAUGUAUUCCUGUUAAAUUGUGUACAGCUUUUACGGGCAAUGACAAGUGAAAUUGGAAACAUUUCUGUACCUAUUGGUAUUUGUAAUUGCAGUGCUAGUAAAUGCAACUCAUAUUUUUGCAAUAAAGUAUCUAUAAUGUGCUUAUAUUGA